CAAAGGCAGCGGCAGCCGGCGCGGAGCGGAGCGCUUCUCGCUUCUCUCCGCUCCGGCUCGCGGUAAGCGGGAGCGGCUUCUUUUCUUCAGGCUUUUGGAAGGGCAAAUAAGCUUUUCAGAGGGGGAAGAGUUCGUGGUUCUUUCACAAUGUCUGGUGAGUCGGGUCAGACCGAGGCUGGGCCGUCUCACGCUGACCCCAGUUGGCAGCACCCUGAGAGACAUCAGGCCGCGGUCCCAGGAGGAGUGAUCCGAAGGGCUUCUGGCCAAAGGCACAAGUCCUGGAUCCAACAGGUUAUUGAACAAAUAGCCGGCUCCCCUAAACAGUGUGUCACCGUCGCUGAAGUGAUGCCUGUCAGUGUACUGGCCGUCCAAAGAUACCUUUUACAGGACGAGCCACGGGACACGGUGCCCAAGCCCCCCCUUUACUGCUAUGAUGUGACAAUCUCAGAUGGGGUGUACCAGGAGAAGUGCUACUUAGACCCCAGUUUAAAUUUUCUCGUUAAUCAGAAUAUUCUUAAAGUUGGCAUAGAAAUAAGAAUUUCCAAAGUCUCGUUUCUUUACAACGAGAAAAGAUUGGGUCAGGGAAUCCUGUGCAUAGAUAAGGUCCACUGUGGGGAGUCCCUAGAUUUUGUUCCUGUAGAAACUCCAUUCAGAAACAGAGCACACGAGGAAAAGCCCGAGAGGCCUCUGAGAGGAGGCAGGAGUCACUACCUGGCUCUGUGGAACAACGAAGAUCCAUACGGAGAUAUCUGGAAGUCCAACAAGCAACCUGAGGAAUUCAAUUUUAGAAACAUUAAAAUAGUCUCACUCUCUCAUCUUGAAAUGACCUGGAAUAGCAAAAAGAAUUUUCCUGCCUUGCUUGUGAGGAUCCUGCAUAAAUCAAAAUUGAGAUACUAUGGAAAACCUCAUAAGAAGACAAUUGAGCCAUAUCAGACCUAUUUGGAAGUUGCUGACAAUUCAGGCAUGGUGUCAGUGAUUAUAUGGAAUGACUUGUGUCCAGAGUGGUAUAAAAGUUUGAGAGUGGGCUUGAUUCUUCUGCUUCAAAAUUUUUCUGUGAAGAAGAGCCACCCAUACAGAAGACAGCCAGACCCUGUGGAUCCGCAUAUUAAACUAAUUUCUACAAUGGAAAUCUGCCUGAAUCUUCGAGAUCCUCCAAAUAACAUAGUUAUCAUUCCGGAAAAGCAAGUGAAACCAGAUUGGAAAUUGCCAAAACUAACUAAUAGAUUUGUUACAAGAUCAGAGCUAGAAGAUAUGCCAGAAAAAGCCAUCUGUGAUGUAAUUGGUGUGUUAUCCUUUGUGGGAAGGGUGCAGCGGUCAAAAAAGAAAGAUCAAUAUGAAGAUUUUUGGUCAUAUCGCUGGAUUCACAUUGCUGAUGGGACUUCAGAGGAACCGUUUAUAGUGCAUCUGUUUUCUACAUCUCAGCCAGAAGUCUUUGAAAAUAUUUGCCCAUUGACAUAUUUUGUUUGUACCCAGUUGAAAGUUGUUAGGAAUUACAAUCAAAUACCUAAUCUGCUUUACCUCACCACUACAAAUGAGAGCCGAAUGUUUAUUACUGGUCAUAGAGGCCAGCCGUAUACGUAUGAUACGAAGGUAAAAAGUUUUAUUCAGUGGAUUAAAACAAAGCCUGAUUCGGAAGUGAAUAACACUGUUAUUGGUGGAUAUUACCCUUAUCCACCAGUGCCAGAGACAUUUUCCAAGUAUAGUCGCUUUAUUAAAGCUAAGUCGCUCUUGACAGCUAUAAGUGAAGUGAGGAAGGUGAUUGAAGACUUGCAGUAUAGGGAACAAAAGCGCAUUGCAGUUCAGGGGAUAAUUACUGCUAUAAAGUACAUCCCCCAUAACCAUUCAUCUGAAAGUGCCUCAGCAUCAGAAACAUUUCGGAGUGAUAGCCAGCCUUCAACCUCUCAUUCAGCUAACAGAGUUCAUCAUCAUGAAAGAGGUAGUAAAAGACCUCCAGAUGACAGGCCAGUGGGUUCUUCGUAUUUUCAAUUUGCACCUUUCAUUUUGAAUCUCUGCGCAAAAAGAAAAAUUGUGCAAGACGAAUGUGCUAAUCCGGUUCCUAUGCCUCAGCCACAUUCUCCUGCACAAACUAAAGGAAGCAAACAGCACUCACCAAGUCCCUUCCACCGCUCACCAAGUCCCUUCCACCGCUCACCAAGUCCCUUCCACCGCUCACCAAGUCCCUUCCACCGCCAAGAAAGUUCAAGUGCUAGUUCCACAGGGAAGUCCAGAAGAUCAGCAUAUGAUAGAUGGGAGAGUCAGCUGUGGAAAGAUAGUAAGUUUAGCUUGAGAGACCACCUACAUUACAGUCAUGUUUAUCCUGAAAGUAUUCCACGGAAAUUUGUUUUGGAGUAUGGAAAGUUUCUUGCCAAGCAGUAUAAUACUCAACCAUCAAAAUAUAUACCUCCUGAAGAAAAGCCACCCAAACUUGAUGAAUUUCAGAGCGCCCGAAGCCUUGGACAUUUUGAAGUAACCAUCCUAGGUUUGAAUCAUGAGAUUGCAAUUGAUGUUGCAUUCCUACCUAUGUAUUCUCCGGAAGAUGUCCAGACAUCUCAAAUAGACACGCUUUUCACCUGCAUGAAUUACAGUUGUGUGCACCCAUCAGAAGCACCUGGAAGUGGAAAAUUGCCAGAUCCCAAGCAAAUUGCAGGUGAUAUUAUAAAAGCAGCAGCUGAACUGGAUAGAGUCCACAUCAUCUGUAUCUUGGAUAUCUGUAAUUUGGGAGACAAUAAAGUGGAAGUCUGUUUGCAGAAAAUUUAUACUCCAGAAUAGGCUCCUUAAAGAUUAGCAGACACAAUAAUUACAGGGUAUAUAUAGAAUACUGCUUUAAACAGAAUCUAUUAUUUUCAUCAGACUAUUACAUGACUCCUAAAGUGAAACGAUUUUCAGUUCAUCUUGUAUUUGGCACUCUCACUUCAGAUUGAAAAGAAUCAUCAAGACAAUUUUAUGUCAGACAUUACUUCACUUGUAUAUGACUAUUACCAUAACUUGUAACAAUUUAUAUUUUACUGUUCAGUUUGAAAAGUGUACUUUUAUUCCAACAUCUCAGUACAAUGUAUCUUGGCCAACACAAUUUAACAUCUUCCUGAUUUUAUUCACAUAUAGUGAUAAAUCUUGCAUUACAAAUUCAAAGACUGAAUUAUCAUUCUCCUAAUGUGAUCACCCAAAUUUAUUAUAAGCAAGGUAGUUCCUAUCACAUCCAGAAAGCCACACAGAGAUAAUAAUGAUACAUUUGCCUCCAAUCUCUAUAUUUUGCUAUAAAAUGAAUAUGCUAAAUUAAGUUGUCAUAAAAAUUUUCAACCAUUUACUACCUUGAAAUUUUAAGUAUUUUGACCAGUGUGUAAUGGUAAAGUCAGAUGCUACAAUAUAUCUACAUUCCUACUGUGUUCAUUUGUAAUUUCAGUGUAUGUGAUGUGAUUUUAAACAGUGAAAUUUUGUCUUACAAUAUCUGAAGUGCUUAUUUGAAAGUAAAAGGACAGUAACUAAGGGAAUUUGUUUCAGUAUGGUUCUCUACUAUACUGAGUUUUAAAGGUAAAUGGUCACUGUUCUUUGUAAAGACCUGUGUCUGACACCCAUGUGGCUAGAUAAGUGAACCAAAACAACUGUCAAAUGAGAUUAGCUAUUUCUAUAUCAAAGAUGAGUCUGAUUGUAAUUGAGGUAUAAAUCCACAAGAUUUACAUAUAGCCCUGUAAUUUUGUGAUGCCAUUGCUACACAAUUUUAAUGUGGUAGACAGCCUAAAAGCUUGAAGGGAUACUGUAUUUUGUUCAUAAAGUGUUCAGUCUUCUUUGUAACUGUAUUGAACGGUUAAGUAAAACUGAAUCCUUGUGUUACUAGUUUCAGAUUGAUAUUAAAUAAGUUUAAAUGCAGUAA